CCCGCCUCAUCACUGUCACCUGGCCUGGGUCCGGGUGUCCCUCCCCUUGCCCUUCACUGCGCCCUGCCCUCCCCGGGCUGCCGAUCGGCCCGGCGUUCCCUCUGUGCCGGCUCCCGCUCCCGACGCCGCAUGUCUGUCCCGCUCGGGUAACUCAUUCCACUUUGGAGUCCUUUUAAUUCUACGGAAAGAGUUCAAAUCCUCCGGCCGCCAAAAUGGAGCGCAGUAAACAGAUUCGAAUUUUACUACUGAACGAAAUGGAAAAGCUAGAGAAGACCCUCUUCCGACUUGAGCAAGGGUUUGAACUACAGUUCCGGUUAGGCCCAACUUUACAAGGGAAAGCUGUUACCCUGUAUACAAAUUACCCAUUUCCUGGAGAAGCAUUUAAUCGAGAAAAAUUUCGUUCCUUGGAUUGGGAAAACCCAACAGAAAGAGAAGAUGAUUCCGAUAAAUACUGUAAACUUCAUCUGCUUCAGUCUGGAUCUUUUCAGUACUACUUCCUUCAAGGAAAUGAGAAGAGUGGAGGAGGUUACAUAGUGGUGGAUCCUAUUUUACGUGUUGGAGCUGAUAACCACGUGUUACCCUUGGACUGUGUUACUCUCCAGACAUUUUUAGCCAAGUGUUUAGGACCCUUUGAUGAAUGGGAGAGCCGUCUAAGGGUUGCAAAAGAGUCAGGCUACAACAUGAUUCACUUCACCCCACUGCAGACUCUUGGACUGUCUAGGUCAUGCUACUCCCUUGCUGAUCAGCUGGAAUUAAAUCCUGACUUUUCAAGACCUAAUAAAAGAUAUUCCUGGAAUGAUGUUGGGCAGCUAGUAGAGAAACUGAAAAAUGAGUGGAAUAUUCUUUGUAUUACAGAUGUUGUCUACAAUCAUACAGCUGCCAAUAGUAAAUGGAUUCAUGAGCAUCCGGAAGCUGCAUAUAAUCUUGUGAAUUCUCCACACCUGAAACCCGCCUGGGUCCUGGACAGAGCCCUUUGGCAUUUCUCCUGCGACGUGGCAGAUGGGAAGUGCAGAGAAAAAGGAGUCCCUGCUUUGAUUGAAAAUGAUCACCACAUGAACUGCAUUCGGAAAAUAAUUUGGGAGGAUAUUUUCCCAAGGAUUCGGCUCUGGGAGUUUUUCCAAGUAGAUGUUCACAAAGCAGUUGAACAAUUUAGGAUACUUCUCACUCAAGAAAACAGGAGAGUAACUAAGUCUGAUCCAAAGGAACAUCUUAAAAUUAUUCAGGACCCUGAAUACAGGAGGCUCGGCUGUGCUGUGGAUAUGAAUGUCGCCCUGGCAACUUUUGUGCCACAUGACCACGGGCCAGCUGCAAUUGAAGAGUGCUGUAAUUGGUUCCGUCAGAGACUUGAGGAGCUCAACUCGGAGAAGCAACACCUCACCCACUGUCAUCAGGAGCAGGCAGUCAAUUGUCUUUUGGGAAAUGUGUUUUAUGAGCGGCUGGCUGGCCAUGGCCCUAAAGUAGGAGCUGUCACUAGGAACCAUCCUUUAGUCACCAGGUACUUUACUUUCCCUUUUGAAGAAAUGGCCUUAUCCACCGAAGAAUCCAUGAUCCACCUCCCAGAUAAAGCUUGCUUCCUGAUGGCGCACAAUGGAUGGGUGAUGGGCGAUGAUCCCCUUCGAAACUUUGCUGAACCAGGUUCGGAAGUCUAUUUAAGGAGAGAACUGAUUUGCUGGGGUGACAGUGUGAAAUUGCGCUAUGGGAACAAACCAGAGGACUGUCCUUACCUGUGGGCACACAUGAAGAAAUACACUGAGAUAACUGCCACUUAUUUCCAGGGAGUGCGUCUUGACAACUGCCACUCCACACCUCUUCAUGUGGCUGAGUACAUGCUGGAUGCUGCUAGAAAAUUACAGCCCAAUCUUUAUGUAGUGGCUGAGCUGUUCACAGGAAAUGAAGAGCUGGACAAUAUCUUUGUUACUAGACUGGGCAUCAGUUCCUUAAUAAGAGAGGCGAUGAGUGCAUAUAACAGUCAUGAAGAGGGCAGAUUAGUUUACCGAUAUGGAGGGGAACCUGUCGGGUCCUUUGUUCAGCCCUGCUUGAGGCCUUUGAUGCCAGCUAUUGCUCAUGCCCUGUUUAUGGACAUUACCCACGAUAAUGAGUGUCCAAUUGUGCACAGGUCAGCCUAUGAUGCUCUUCCAAGUACCACAAUUGUUUCCAUGGCAUGUUGUGCUAGUGGAAGUACCAGAGGCUAUGAUGAGCUGGUGCCUCAUCAGAUUUCAGUGGUUGCUGAAGAACGAUUUUACACCAAGUGGAAUCCUGGGGCAUCGCCAUCAAAUACAGGAGAAGUUAAUGUCCAGAGCGGCAUUAUUGCAGCCCGACGUGCCAUCAACAGACUCCAUCAAGAGCUGGGAGCCAAGGGUUUCAUUCAAGUGUAUGUGGAUCAGGUGGAUGAAGACAUAGUGGCAGUAACAAGGCAUUCUCCGAGCAUCCAUCAGUCGGUUGUGGCUGUAUCUAGGACUGCUUUUAGGAAUCCCAAGACGUCAUUUUAUAGCAAAGAAGUGCCUCAGAUGUGCAUCCCUGGCAAAAUUGAAGAAGUAGUUCUUGAAGCUAGAACUGUUGAGCGGGAUACAAAACCUUAUAAAAAAGAUGAGAAUUCAAUCAAUGGAAUGCCAAAUGUGACAGUGGAACUUAAAGAGCAUAUCCAGCUUCAUGAAAGUAAAAUUGUCAAACAAGCUGGAGUUGCCACAAAGGGUCCCAAUGAAUAUAUUCAGGAAAUAGAAUUUGAAAAUCUAUCUCCAGGAAGUGUUAUUAUAUUCAGAGUUAGUCUUGAUCCACAUGCUCAAGUCGCUGUUGGAUUUCUGCGAAGUCACCUGACCCAGUUCAGCUCUCACUUUAAAUCUGGAAGCCUUGCUGUUGACAACUCAGAUCCUAUAUUAAAAGUCCCCUUCGCUUCCAUUGCCUCUAAAUUGACAUUGGCUGAGCUCAACCAGGUACUUUACCGAUGUGAAUCAGAAGAACAAGAAGAUGGUGGAGGUUGUUAUGACAUACCAAACUGGUCAUCCCUUAAGUAUGCAGGUCUCCAAGGAUUAAUGUCCGUGUUGGCAGAAAUAAGACCAAAGAAUGACUUGGGGCAUCCAUUCUGUGAAAAUUUGAGGUCUGGAGAUUGGAUGAUUGACUAUGUCAGUGGCCGGCUUAUUUCACGAUCCGGAAAUAUUGCUGAAGUUGGUAAAUGGUUGCAGGCUAUGUUCUUCUACCUGAAGCAGAUCCCACGAUACCUUAUCCCCUGUUACUUUGAUGCUAUAUUGAUUGGUGCAUACACCACUCUGCUGGAUAUAGCAUGGAAACAGAUGUCAAGGUUUGUUCAGAAUGGUUCAACGUUUGUGAAACACCUUUCACUGGGUUCCAUCCAGAUGUGUGGCGUGGGGAAGUGCCCUUGUCUGCCACUUCUUUCCCCCUCGCUCCGGGAUGUGCCCUUCAGGAUAAAUGAGAUCACAAAGGAGAAGGAGCAGUGCUGUGUCUCCUUGGCUGCCGGCUUGCCUCACUUCUCUUCUGGUCUUUUCCGCUGCUGGGGGAGAGAUACUUUCAUUUCAUUCCGAGGGCUGCUGCUGGUCACUGGACGCUACAUAGAAGCCAGGAAUAUUAUUUUAGCAUUUGCCAGUACCCUGAGGCACGGUCUUAUUCCUAACCUCUUGGGUGAAGGAACUUACGCCAGGUACAACUGUCGGGAUGCUGUGUGGUGGUGGCUGCAGUGUAUUCAGGACUAUUGUAAGAUGGCUCCAAAUGGUCUAGACAUCCUCAAAUGCCCAGUUUCCAGGAUGUAUCCAACAGACGAUUCUGCUCCUUUGCCUGCUGGGACACUGGACCAGCCAUUGUUUGAAGUAAUACAGGAAGCUAUGCAGAGGCACAUGCAGGGCAUUCAGUUCCGAGAGAGGAAUGCUGGUCCACAGAUAGAUCGGAACAUGAAGGACGAGGGUUUCAAUAUAACUGCAGGGGUUGAUGAAGAGACGGGAUUUGUCUAUGGAGGAAAUCGCUUCAACUGUGGCACAUGGAUGGAUAAAAUGGGAGAAAGUGACCGAGCUAGAAACAGGGGAAUUCCAGCCACCCCAAGAGACGGGUCUGCUGUGGAAAUCGUGGGCAUGUGUAAAUCUGCUGUCCGGUGGUUGCUAGAAUUAUCCAAGAAAAAUAUUUUCCCUUACCAUGAAGUCAGAGUGAAAAGGGAUGGAAAGGUUGUGGCAGUCUCAUAUGAUGAGUGGGACAGAAAACUACAGAACAACUUUGAAAAGCUGUUCCAUGUUUCCGAAGACCCUUCAGAUCCUAACGAGAAGCAUCCGAAUCUGGUUCACAAGCGUGGCAUCUACAAGGACAGCUAUGGAGCGUCUAGUCCUUGGUGUGACUAUCAGCUCAGGCCUAAUUUUCCCAUAGCAAUGGUCGUGGCCCCUGAACUCUUUACUGCUGAAAAGGCUUGGAAAGCUCUGGAAAUUGCAGAAAAAAAAUUGCUUGGUCCUCUUGGCAUGAAGACAUUAGAUCCAGAUGAUAUGGUUUACUGUGGAGUUUAUGACAAUGCCUUAGACAAUGACAACUACAAUCUCGCUAGAGGUUUCAAUUACCACCAAGGACCUGAGUGGCUAUGGCCUAUUGGGUAUUUUCUUCGUGCAAAGUUGUAUUUUUCCAAAUUGAUGGGCCCAGAGACUGCUGCAAAGACUGUAUUUUUGGUUAAGAAUGUCCUUUCCAGACAUUAUGUUCAUCUCGAGAGAUCCCCAUGGAAAGGACUUCCGGAACUUACCAAUGAGAAUGGCCAGUAUUGCCCUUUCAGCUGUGAAACACAAGCUUGGUCAAUGGCUGCUGUUCUUGAAACUAUCUAUGAUUUAUAAAUGGCUCAUAGAUAUUUA